AUGCUUUGGUUCAUUGCCUUAUUCAUCACUCUCGCUUCAUGCUCUCCAGUUCUCCAGCCUCUGGUGCAGGAGCGAGGCCUGACAUGUGUCGGUUACCGUGGCGCCCCAGCGGAACUCCCCGCCAUCAGCAUCGACCUUCGCGGCGACAUCGAAGCCCACGUAUUUGAUGGCGCAAACCCCAGUCUUUCACAGCUUCCUCUGAAUACUUGGGCCGGUUCGGACCGUAAUCACCGCCUGGAGUACCGUGCCUGGAGAAGCACCGGCAGUAACGGUAUCUUCAACGUCCAUCUCGAGGUUCAGGUUACCGGCUACGCCAACGUCUUCGUCAACUUUAGCGCACAAUCUGACCGCGGUAACGGCGAUCCGGGUCUGUCUCGUGUUGAUAACGGCUUGGCUGUUGGUUCUGGCUCAAACCCUUACCCGAGGCGAACUUUCUUCAGCAUGGCUCUUGGAACCAUUCACCGCAACAUCAACUACAACUUAGCUGAAAAUUGGAGU